UUAGAAAUAUAUUAAAUAAUUAUUUAGUAUAUAUAUAUAUAUAUAAAUUUUAAAAACAUAUAUUACCAUUUAUAUAAGAUAAAUAUUUUUUUUUGCAAACCAAAAAUGAAUACCCGCGCGGGUGCGCGGGUCAAGCUCUAGUUUGAAUUAUAAAAACAUUAAAUAAAUUUUGAAACAUAUAAAAGAUGGAUUAAACCAUUUAGAAAUCAUCAAAAGUUAAUGCAAAAUGGAUAUUUAGAAAUUUUAAAUUUAAAUAGAAGAUAAAAUGAAAUAUUAUUUUAUUAACCUAGGAAACAUAUGAAAAGAUGUAUGCUAAUCCCCAAACGUAGUGUAGUCCAUCAAUAUAUUUUUUUUCGAGUAUUCAAAUGAGCCAAAAAUAACAAUAUCCAUAAAUUGUUUUGUAAAAAAUAUAAAAUAAUUUUAAAUCAAUGUAAUAUAACUUAUAUCACAUAACAUUUGCAACUUUAUUUUCUUAACAGUAAAUUACUGAAAAAUCACAAUUGUUUUUUUUGUACCAAUUAUUGGAAGAAUAACUUUAACUUUGUUAAUUACUAACGAUAAAAUAAAUUAAUAUAAAAUUUAAAGUAUAAUAUACUAAUUAUGUCAAACAAGUCACAAAACAAUCUUUUUAAAGUUUCAUGAUAUAAAAUCUCAAAUUAUAAAUGAUAUAUUUAAUAAUUGUUUUAAAGUUUCAUGAUAUAAAAUCUCAAAUUAUAAAUGAUAUAUUUAAUAACUUUUUAUAUUAACUAAUUAUACACAGUUAUAAGAAAUACAACUAUACAAGCAUCUGUGCAGAUAAAACUAUUAUAUUUUUAAAAAGUACUUACAAAGUAGCAUAUUGGACAUUGAUACUCGUUCCAAAAUACAUGAUUUAACAUUGAAAAUUAUCAGAUACUAUUGAUGUAUUAGUUAAAGAUAUUAGCUGAUACAUAAAUGAAAAUAUUGACCUUUCACAAAAGAAAGGAAAAAAAUCAUUAAGCAAUAAAAUUUAUAAGGUGAUUGGUAAUGGCUGUGAGUGCUUUACACAUUCACAUUUGUCUUUACGUCAAUAAAAUCAAAACAAUCAAACUUUAUUAAGAAAGUCUAAAGCAACAGUCCAAUUUUUUUUUUGAAAAAAAUAUAAUGAUUCAAGAAAUCAAUUUUUCUAAUCUAUAUGUUUAGUGCUUUUAAAUCUUUGAAAUAAUUCUAUAACAAUAAAAUCUAAAGCUAAAUUUAUAAAAUUUACAGCAUAAAUUUGAAAGCAAAAAAUCCAAAGCUACAUCAGCUACUAAUUAACCCCACAAUUGUAAAACAUAUUGUUUUAAAAGUGAAAGAAAUAACAUAUUAUUCAUGGUUAGAAAACUCUUAUUUUCUACCAGUUAUAAAUAAUCUUUGUAAGCACAUCAUUUAGUGAAACACAGAGAGAGUACUAUAAAGAAGAGAGAGAAGUUGAAAGUCACCGUCUUUUCACCUUCUCCGGUCGAUGGCUCCGGCCGUUGGUACUGUGAGAGGGUGGAUCCCCUUUUUCCUUUUUGUUUCAGUCUUGUUUACGGUUUGCUUAUUAAUCUAAAGGGUUUCAGAUCUGGUCGGAAGCUUCAUUCAUUCGUGUUGAAGCGGAGAGUCUCAAAUCGGAAUCCAUGGACCUCGAUCUCUUCAGAUCUACGGUUUGUGGUGAUGGAUUUAUAAUUACCGGCUGGUUUGAGUAAGAGUAUGCUUCGAGUAAGGCUUGGUUGGCUCCGCUAUGGUGUUGAGACGCGUAGACGGCGCGUGGUGAGCUUCUACAGAGGUCAAUGGCGAGUUUAAGUUGGAUCUGAAGGGAGGCGGUGGGGCAGAAGCGCUUAUGAGACAUAUUCUACAGCAACGGUUAUCCAUAAACUAUCGAUCCGGUUUGUUCUUUCUAUGGCGGAGUUUGAUUCUUAUCUAGAUUGGUUGUGUUUUGGCUUCUUAUGUUAUUAGCUAUGUUCUUGUAGUCCGUGUAUGGUAGUUUGAUUUUGUCUCCGGGAUUGUAUUUGUGCAGUUGCCGGCUUAUGGCUCGGGUUGUGUCUCUUAACUGCCCGCUCUAGAUUAUGGUGUCGUUUCAUUACGACAGCCUUUGUAACUUGCCUUUUGGCUUAACCAGUUUCGAAUCAAUAUAACAACAGAUGACCAAAAAAAAAAAAAGCACAUCAUUUAGUCAUUCAAAAAGAAAAGAGACUAACUACUACCACAACAAAAAUGGAGAAAUCAGCUUUGAUAUUCAUUGGUAUUCUGCUUUUUUCAACAUGUACACCAAUUCUGGCACGACCUGGAUAUCAACCUUGCAAGAAGAACUCUGAUUGUGCUAGACUCAAAUGCCCAUCACCACUAGGACACCCCACGUGUGUGAAGGGUGGUUGUGAAUGCCCUUUUGAAGAACAUGCGGCAUUACCAGAUGAUACCAACUGUGGUGUGGCUGCUUGCUUUGACUAUUGCAAGGCAAGAGGAGAAGUUGCUUCUGCUUGUCUUUUGAACCAUUGUUUUUGUCGCAAACCUCCUAUGUAGAUUUUACAAAGAACUUACAUUCUAUUAACAAAAAACAUAGUUCCUUAAACAAUACAUUCUAUCAAUUUAUUUCAUACAAAAUUUCAAGUUUUAAACAAAAUAGAUUUACACUUAAACCAAAAUUAUUUUCUGCCAUGAAUAAAAAAUAAAACAUAUUUAUUUAUACAAAUAUCAUUAUAAUUAAGUAGAUAUUUUAAAUUGUUUUAAGUUUUUAAUAAUAUUUUGGAUCAAAUAAAUCUAAACUCUAGGAGCAACCGAUCGUGACCUCAAGGAGUUUGUUUCCUUCUCGGGCGACAUUCUCUACCUCGAGACCGAGAGGUUUGCGCUUUGCUUUACUCGAAAGUUUAGAUUUAAAGAAAAAACGCUUUUAUUACCACGUUUGUACAGCGAGGCAGAACGGUCCAAAUUGGCAUAUGUCACUUUCAAGGAUCUACAAGGAGCUGAAACUGCGGUUCUUCUCUCGGUGUGUACAGUGCCUCUAUCACUUCCUCUUAUGUUUUCCAGCGACUGAGUGUUUAUGAGUCUUAUCACUUCGGGGAGCAACGAUUGUUGAUCUCCUGAGGCUUUAGCUUCCUUGGUAAUAACCUCACUUUUCUCUUUACAUCUUCACUAGCAAUCUCUAAACCCAAGGAUAGCAGCAAGUCUCCCCGUGCAGGUGAUUCCGUGUUUCGAAAAGCCGAAGAUGUUGUCAUCAGCAUGCUCGCAAAGGGCUUCAUCCUAGGAAAAGACGCAAUCGCCAAAGCCAAGAGCGUUGACGAGAAACACCAGCUUACAUCCACUGCAUCAGCCAGAGUCGCAUCUCUCGACAGGAAAUUCGGUUUCACCGACAAGAUCAACACCGGAACAGUCGUGGUGGAUGAUAAAGUCAGGUAAAUUGAUCACAAGUACCAAGUGUCGGAGAAGACCAAAUCAGCGAUCGCUGCAGCUGAGCAGACGGCUAUAAUGAAGAACCAGUAUGUUCUCACGGGUGCCACGUGGGUCACUGGGGCUUUCAGCAAAGUGGCUAAAGCUGCAGAAGAAGUUGGACAGAAGGCGUAGGAGAAAGUUGGUAUGGUUGAGGAAGAAGACAAGAGGAAAGUGGUUGAUGAGCUGCUAGAGUUCACUUGUCUGAAUCACCAAAGGCGCCAUCAUCUAAGGAAGAAGAAGUACAUGAACCAAAACUCUCUGACUCUCCUGAACCAAAAGAAUCUGAACAUCACGAGCCCCAGCAGCAGCAGCAGAGUCCUCCACCUGUGGGCCUGGCUCAACCUUGAGAUUUGCAGGCAAGUAAAGACUAAAGACAUUUGUGAUUCUUGUUGUAAACUGUAAUACUUUGAACUAAUCUCUACUGGAUUGUUAGAAAUGAAUAUCGAACUUUUUAUUUAGUA